AUGUUAAAGCCAAAGGAGACCAAGGACAGCUCGCUGAAGGGCUCAAGCAAGAUCAGCAAGUCCCAGGUGAGCAACUUGGCCUUGCUGGUUGCCAAGAUGCAAACGAAUGCAGACCAGGUAGAGAAAGACAUCCUUAAAUCAGAAGAGAUGCUGGCUGUGGAUGCUGAAAAUGAAAAGAAAGCCCUCCCCUUUCAACAUAAAAAUGAGAUAUCGAUCAAAUUGACCGAGGCAGAGAACCUUCUGAAGGACCUGUUUCUGGAUGUCGAUACAGCCAAAAAUCUCAAACACCUACAAGCCAAAGAGAUCGAGAAAGAUAUCAUCCACCUUCACGAGCGAUGGCUGAAGGACUGUGCCUUCUACAGAGACAUCUAUGACCAGAUUGAUGAUGUGUCAUUGAUGCCCAGAAUUAACUGGGGCCUUAUUUUGAACCAGAAGCAAAAAGAGUUAAAUGGAGAGGAGUACGGGCCCACCAUGGUGGACCUGGAGAAGCAGAUUGCUGCUCACAACAUACUGCAUAAAGAGAUCAUAGCUUACAGCUCACAGCUUUGUGUCGGCUCUGCUGGCAGCAAGGAGAAAUACAAUGCCUUUAAGAAACAAUACAACAACCUGCUGGACAACUCCAAGUGGUGCCACCACUACCUGAGCAGCCUGUACAAGUAUAUGCUGGGCUGCAACAAUGAGCUGAACUUCCUGGGAGAAGAACAGGAAAAGAUCAGGAAGCAGGACUGGAGCGAUCACAUAGUGGAUCCACCUCAUAUUCGUAGGCACUAUGAGAAUUUUAAGAACAAUGGUCUAUUGUUCCACGAGAGUGAAGUGAACAGACUCCAGGAUGAAGGUGAAAGGCUUAUUGAACUAAAUCACCCAGCCAGCGACACAAUACAGGCCCAAAUAGAUGCUGUAAGAAAUGAGUGGCAGAAGUUCCUUAAUCUCUGCAUUUGUCAGGAAACACAUCUGGACAAUGUGGAGGAAUUCAAAAAGUACCAAAUGGACUCUGAGCAGCUGUCAGAGACUCUGACUCAACUCAACAGCACCCUGGACCCAAAGUCUGUCGGCAAGAAGAGUAACUCAGAGACACUUUUGCAGCUGGAGGGAGAGGAAAAUAGUGUACAGAACUGUGAGCGGCUACUGACCGACCUGAGGAGACGAAGUGCAACCAUCUAUCCUCUGAAGCUGCGUCGUAUUUCCUCCACCAGGCCCAUAGCAGUGGAGUCCCUGUGUAACUGGGAAACUGACCAGACUUCACUGGCUAGAGGGGAAAAGGUUACCCUGAAGUCUUUCUCUGACAACGAGAACUGGGAUGUUAUCUCAGCUGAUGGAGCAAAAAAAACCUUCCCAGGAGUUUGCUUCCUGAUCCCACCUCCUGAUCCUGAUGCCAUUGAUAAAGUAGAGCUUUUGGGCAAUGAGCUGGCAGACAUCAAGAAAAGGAGAGCAGCUCUGGCAGCAUCCCUGAAGAAUCACAAAUUAGAUGUUCCUAAAGUUCAACAGUCAGCUCCAGUUUCUUCAGCGACACCAAACCCCAAAGUAGCCACCCUGUCUCUGCAGCUGGACCAGCUGGACACUUACCUGGCCAAUACAGAGGAGCGCAUGCUGAGCCAACUGCGAACACCAGUGAGCCGCAGCGAUCCAGCUGGAGAUCUGGCCAAGAAGCUGAAAGCGCAGGAGCAAGCUGCCGAGGCACUGAAGGCUCUGGAACAGCAGAUUCAGACAGCACAGGCUGACCUGCAGCCUUUGCUGUCCACAGAUCCCAGCAGUACUUCAUCUGGACUGCCACUUAAGCUCAGUGCUGCUAGCAUCAAGUAUGACAUUUUAGCCGCUCUGGUGGAUCUAUACAAUAAAAAAGCAAAUGCAUCUCUUAGCCUGGAGGGUCAAAUUCAGAAGAUGGACAGUCUUGUCUCUGGAUUUGAAAGAAACCUUAGUGAAGACGACCUAAUUUCUGACAUACCAAAUGCAAUACAAAUUAACACAGAAGCCAUCCAGCGUCAGCAAAGGUCUGUGGGAGGGGUCCAGGAAGACAUGAUCAAACUAAAUCAGGAUCUGGAGACAACUGAGAAGUUGUGCAGCUCCCUGCAGCAAGGCUACCAAGAGUACUGCCCUGACAUCCAACGCCAGAGGAAAGAUGUCAAACAGCUGAAGGGUCGCUAUGCCAAUGUAACCAACCAGCUGAAGGAAAGGGAGAUCCUUUUACAAGAGGCUUCAUCAAAGUACCAAGAGUUUCAGAGCCUGUGCAAAUACCUCAACUCCACCCUGGAAAACCUGCCGAAAAAUCAGAUAAACAUCAGUGAUGGACUGUCAGAGGUUACUGCUAAGCAGAGCUCCCAAGAGAGAGUGAUGAAGGGUCUAAGGCAGAAGGAGGACGACAUUGGCAGAGUGACUGUCCUCUCUCAAGAUCUGCAAAUUCUACUCAAUGUUUAUGAGGCAAAUGCUCAUAAAUACAAUAGUACACUUGAGGAUGUUGGAAUGACUCUUCCAAAAAGGGUCCAAAUGCUCACUUUGGCAGAUGCUAUUGGGAAAGAGGAAAAACAAUUGGUAAACCAUUAUGCAGAAGCAACAGCAGAAAACAUCCAACGCCAAAGACAUAUGGUCUUGGCUAGGAAUCUAAUUUGUCAAAAUGAAGAAAAUGUUCAGAUGGUGGCAGAGCAGCAGGCGAAGCUUGAAAACCAGCAAAAAAGUGGCUGUAAAUUAGAUAGCUUACUUAAAAAACUAGAGGAAGAGAAGGACAGGACAGCUCAAGCUCAGACAGAGCUAAAAACCUUCAAAAACAGAGUGAUGUUCAUAAAGAGUCACAGAGAUAUUGAGCAUGUUGAGAAGAAAGAAGUGCUGCAGUACUACCGCAAUCCUAAACUGUUAGGUGAUUUGGCUGAUCUAAGGAACGAACUCAACAAUGAAGUCCUAAAGCAGAGCUCCACCCAGUCAGAGAUUGAGACAGUAAACAAGAAAAUCAGUGAUCUGCAGGACACACUUAAACACAUAUCCCCCAGAGUGGCGACUAGAGAGGUGAUUAAGCUUGAAAGAGACCCUCAACUGGAUGAAGAGGCUGCCAAGAUGCGACAUGAGAUGGCAAACACGAGACAUGAAAUCCAUAUAAAAGAAAGAGAGCAAAUCCAAAUGCAGAAAGAACUCACAAUUCUCCAGCAGAAUAAACCACCCAUCAAAUACAGAGUACUUAAGAAAGAAAUGGUUAAAGCAGGACAAGAUCCAGAGAUAUCUAAAGCAUUAAGGACAUUUGAGACUGAAAUUUCUGAUGAGAGAAAGAAAUGCAUGCUCCUCAAUGAUGAAAUCCUCCACACAAGAAAUCAGAUUAACACCCUUGAAAAGCUGAUUCCCAACAUCCAGUCUAAAACCAUCACUAGAAAGGCAAAAAGGAUUGAGCAAGACCCUGAACUUAUCACAGAAUUUAACAAGCUCCAAACAAGCUUGGAGGAAGAAAGGUCUGAAAACAGCUACUUGUGUCAAGAAGUGAUGGAGCUGCAAAAACGCUACAGAGAGCUUGAAGACAAGAUGACCAGUGUUGAGGUGAAAGAAGUUGUAAAUGAGAUCUACCUAAUUGACCCAAAUACGGAGAUGGAAAUUAUGGGCCUUCGAAAAGAAAUACAAGAUUCAGUUAUACAAUGUGCUGAUCUGGAAAAUGAGAUCAGGCAGGUCACCACUGAUCUGAACAGGCUUUGUUCAGAGAAACCCAGAGUAGAACUCAAAGAAGUUCUCCAAGAGGUGGUGAGAGAAGAAAAAAGCCCGGAAAACGAGCAAGAAAUCCAAAGGCUAAAUGAUCAGGUGAACUGCCUAGACAGCCAGUGCAUGUUCCUUGAAAACCAAGUUAGACAGCUAAAGAAAGAGAAAGAUGAAUAUAAGGCAAAAAUGUCCAAGAUAGAGACCCAACUUGUUUUAAGAGAUGUAAUCAUGUAUGAGCCUGAUCCACUGCUUGAGAAGGAAGCUGACCGGUUGCGCAGGGCUGUGCGGGAGGAAGCACAAAUGAGGCGAAAUACUGAGGAAAUGGUUUUUGACCUCCAACACAAAUACCUUCUCUUGGAAAGACAGAAACCAGAACAGAAACUGGUUAUCCAGAAGAUUGUACACCUUCAGAGGGACCCAAGGCAAGUAGUAGAACAUGACAGGCUCAGUAGGAGGCUUGAUGAAGAAGUAGUGAGUCGACGUCAGUUGGAUCUGGAGGUACAGCAAUUAAGAGCAAAGUUGGAAGAUCAAGAGCACAUCAUAAGAGAAAGUGAUGAGCGCCAAAAAAGGAUUCAAGUUGAAUCAAAACUUGGAGAGAUCCGACUACGCAUCACACAACUGGAAAAUGCCCCACCUCCUGUCGAGGAGAGUAUAGUAGUUGAGGAUGUGCUGAAGGUUGAAAGAGAUCCUAAACUGGAGAGGUUGACAAAUGCUUUGCGGUUUGAUAUGGAGAAGGAAACCCAUGAUAUUUUGCGUCUCCAGAGGGAAAUCCGUAAUGUCAAUGUAAAGCUUGAGAUUCUGCAGAAAGAGAAGUCUGGUGAAAAGACUGUGUACAAAGAGGUUGUUCGUGUGGAGAAAGAUCAGGCUGUUGAAGCUGAGAGACGUAGUCUGAUGAAGCAGGUGUCUCAGAACAAAUUUGCUAGACAAGACCUGGAGGAUGAAAUCAGACGUCUCAAUGACAAAAUCAACCUUUUAAUGAGCACCAAAUCUAACAAUUCAAGAGAAGAGACAAAUCUUACUUUAAACAAAGAUGCCCUAUUAAGGGUAAAGAACAACCUUACCCGAGAACUCAGAACUCUGGAGGCAAAGAAACACGACACCAGCCUUUCUUUCCAGCAACAGAGUCGACUAAUGAGUGAAAGAACACAGAUGAGCAGGCAGAGAAUCCUAAAGAUGGAGUCAGAUGUCCAGCGAUUGGAGAGGCAGAUCUUGGAAGAGAAAGAUAAGAUUCAUCACCGAGACACUACAAUCCGUGAUAUGCUAACGUACCUACAGAAAGAGGAACAAGCAGAGACAAGGACCAAAGAAACUAACGUCUCAACCAAAAUUACAAUUUUGGAUCCAGAGACUGGCAAAGACAUGUCUCCUUAUGAUGCUUACAUUGGGGGCUUUAUUGAUCGCCAGCAGUACAUUCACCUGCAGGAGCUAGAAUGUGACUGGGAAAACAUAACCUCCGUUGGCCCUGAUGGAGAAACAUCUGUCUUGCAGGAUCGCAAGAGUGGAAAGCAGUACCCUAUCAAAGAUGCUAUUAAGGAAGGAAGGCUAACAGAGUAUGAUCUACAACAGUACAAACAAGGCAAGCUUCCAAUCUCAGAGUUUGCCCUUCUUGUUGCAGGUGACAAAAACAAGCAACCUAAAUUCAACUCAGUCACACAAAAGCUAAAUUUAUCAGUGAAAUCCCCAUUAAACCUUACCUCUGCUACUGAAAUACAGCCGAUUGCUGGAAUAAUGGAUACAUAUACAGGCACCUGCUUUACAAUCCGCAAUGCCACCUUGCGCAAACUGAUCGACCCUACCACUGCCCAAAGGCUAUUGGAGGCUCAAGCAGCAACUGGUGGGAUAAUUGACAUCAGCAACAAUGAGAGAUACAAAGUUCACAAGGCGGCAACAAGAGGUCUUAUUGAAGACAGCCAAGUCCAUCGGCUGCUUAAUGCAGAGAAAGCUUUCACUGGAGUUGAAGAUCCCAUAACCAAAGAAUGUUUGUCUGUGGGAAAAGCUGUUCAGAAGGGCUGGAUGCCAAGAGAUUCAGCAAUUCGAUACAUGGAGGCCCAGCAUUUGACUGGGGGGCUGGUAGAUCCUAACAGUGGUCGUAGAAUUAAUCUGUCGGAUGCCAUAGGAUCUAAAAUGAUUGACAGCUCAACAAUAAAGGAUCUGCAAACUGAUGAAGUUUACAUAAGGGAUAUAAUAGACCCUAUAACAAAGGAGACGAUAAACUACAAGCAAGCUCUGUGUCGCUGCAAGAAAGACCAAGCUUCAGGCUUACUUAUGCUACCUGUCUCCUCUAAAGAGUCUGGCUAUACUCCAACACACAGCUCUUCAAGAUAUUUGCAUUUCUAGUUUCACUUGCGGUUAACACCACAACUAUUUGAGACCACUGUUUUAAUCAAAGAGGAUAGAAGAAGAGGGAAUAGUUGAAUAAUAGGUCAAGAUUAAUCUGAGAGGUCUCAUGAUUGUUGACUUAUAAGGAAAUUCGGAGUGGGUCUUGGAGCGGGUCUUCUGACUCAGAUGAAUGACAAGCUCAAUUUUCGACCCUAAAAAUCCUUUUUUCUUAACUCCAUGGAGUUAAGGCAGAAGGAGGCAAAAGAGGUGGAAGGUGUGGUUCUAUGGUAAUAUACAAGGCAGUUGUAGAAUUCUGCAAGAAAAUAUAAUCCUGAAACUUGUUUAGAUCUGUUUUACUUAUUCAACAAGGACAAAGGUUCCAUUGUCAAGUUUAUAGAGGGCAGAAGGUAUCUGGAACAGAGAAUGGAAAAAGCCACGGAAGUCAGAUGUGACAGGCAACGAACUUGGUGUUUGUCAGUUAUUGUUGUGGAUGGAGUUUUUGCAUGAACAUGUAGGGGAAGAUGGAGCACCUACUGAUGCAGUUUGCAUCUGCAAUGUGAUAGUGAUGCCCUGUGAAGUACAGACUAUGAACUAGAUGAAUAUGAUCUUACAUAUGAACUUCAGGAUCUCUGCUAAUGUAAGUUAUGAAACCUUUGUUUGUAGAUUUAGUACCGUGGUUGAGUUUGAGUGAUUAAUUUAUGGUUCUUUGUCCACCAAAAUGAUUUAGCAACUAUGAUGAUGGAUGCAGCUUCAGAAGCACAGUCAAAACAGAUUCCAUACACAUGCUGUUAGAAGAUUUUUGUUAUUGUAAAAUGAAGUGGCUGCAUAAUACAAAGCUUAGAAAAACUGUUGAAGAUAUUGUACCAAAACAUUAGAGAAAUGAAGGAAGCAUGAAAUGCAGUCUGAUCCUUUGCUUGGUUUGGUGGGUUAGGGAGUUUGCUACUGCUGCUGUUGUUUAGUUCAGUUUAUUGAGGUAUUACUGGUGCUUCUGUUGUUAAAGCUGGGUAGAUUGGUUUCCAUCCAUCCAUCCACCCGUCCAUCCAUCCAUCCAUCCAUCCAUCCAUCCUAAUUCUGACAGAGGCUUGGUUAAUCCAAAUUAAUCCAAAUGGGGACAGUUUAUUGGUUCAGUGGGACAACUGAGAUAGUCUAUCAUUGUCCCUCUCUCUUGGCACAGAAGUCACAGGAGUGUUUUUGAUAUUUCUACUUAGAUAGCCUUUAGAAAAAAUACAUUUAACAAUCUUUUUUAAAUCCUUUGUUUAUUUUUUCGAGACAGCAUUUCAAAGACAAUGCUAUAAACAACUAGCUGGAAGUAAAUGUCAAGCUCUCAUAGGGCUCUUCUCCCACAAACAACUUUUUAGAUUUUUAUAAACAAAUUUUAUGUAUAAGCUUGAAUUACUAUGGAUUUUCUUUGAUCCACAAAAGGGUAAAAUUCCUACAUACACACCCAUCAGGCAAUGGCACGUAUAGAUGUGCCCUCCUGGUGGAGUUGGACUCUACAACCUCUAUAUGGACAAGGUAUCGCAUCAUGCUACCAGUAGUGACACUGACAAUGGUCAAAAUGCAAAACUACUGAAAGGAAGUAAAAAAAAAAAUGAGAGGGGAAAAAUGUCUGUGGCCUCCUCUUAUUGUUGCCCUUUAGUCCACCUAUUGUUAAUUUCACUAUCACCAGAACAGCUGACACUGAUUAACAACCUCCUCUACUACUGAACUGACCAGAUCAGUAUCCCAGGACUUUAACUGACUUGAUAUUACACUCUAAUUAAAAAGUGUUGCUUUAAUUUUUAACAGUCUAUGUACACACACACUCACACACACACACAUACACACCUUCCGCGUGUAUAUGCACAUACUUUGUCAAAAAUCCCUUGCCAAGAUGCCCCUAAACCACACACUACAAGCUAGACUUCAGGGAAAGACAUUUCUGAACCUUAAUUUUCUUCCUUUUACCAUUCCUAAACCAUUUUUGUUUUGGAUCAAAGUCCUGUUGGAAUACCCAACUUUGUCCAACAUCCAACCAACAAGUUGUUGAUUUGGGUGGAGGAAAGGAAUUUAGGGGUAGUCUUCCUUCUUCAUUUUCCACCUACUUUGUGUACUAGUACCUCUGGUGGCAAUGCAGCCCCACAGCAUGAUGCUACCACCACUUUCACAAAUCCAAACUCAAUAUUUGUCAUUGAAGCUAAACAGCUAAAACGUUGGCUCCUCUAACCAGAAAAAAAAACAUCCUUCAGGAAGGUGUUGUCCAUGUUGGCAGCUACAAAUGUUAGUUGAGUUUCUCAGUGUGUAUUUUGAAAAAAAAAAGGCUUCUUUCUUGGUUGACAGUUGCUCUCACAAAGAAAAAUUUGCUUCAGUCUGGAGAGUGACAGUGGCGUUCCAACAGUUUUCAGCUGAACGCAGACUUAAGUCUGGUGUCUUCUGGGUUGUUUCUUAACAUCUGAUAUUAUUUAAUCUGAGGAUGACUCUCUGGACAAGAGCAUUUAAACCUGUACACAACUGGACAUUCCAACAGAACAAUGCUCCAUGCCCACCAGCAAAAAGGAGCCAGGAUGAAGAUUUAAGGUCCAACAUCAUCAUCCCAGACAUUUUACUCUGGGUACCAAGACCCACUGAAAAGCCACAAGGCAGUAAUUACGACGGUGACCUUAAAGGGAUGAUCAUGACUAAAAUGGCAAAUCUGGGAUUCUCAUGUUGAAAACACCUGGCUGGCAACAGUUUAGAAGGAAUGUGGGCUACAUUUCCCCUCCCCAGCAUGUUCCUAAGCACUUCUUCCAAUGUGAACUCACAUAUAUUCAACAUUUUCAGUUCAUUGUUUAUCAUGUUUAAAAACCAUUCCAAACUGUUAAGAAACUGCUUUGCAUUCUGGUUUUCUGUGAGCUUUUCCAGUCAGCCAGGAGAGCCUUUGACCUGUCUGAACCAUUUCAAAUAGUGUUACCGAACUGGCUUCUGUUACAAAUAAAUCAUCUACUUUGAAUUAAUUGUUAAAA